GUCUCGCCUCCUGCUUUCCUUUCUUCCUCUUUACCAUUACCGGCUCGAGUACGCUUCCCAGCUGAAACCCUAGCAGCCGAACGGAGCCAUCUUCUUCCUGGUUGACAGGCAAACCACUGUACUCACCCCCUUCUUCCAUCACCUCAAAACUAUCCACAACAGUCGAGUCUCACAGAGAGAGAGAGAGAGAGAGAGAGAGCUGCGAUGGGAAAUUAUUACUCAAAGCAACGGCCCAAGCGUCCUAGAGACACCGAUGCUUCGAGUCCGACCCCUUCGAAGAAACAAAGACACGGAAAAUCGGUUGAAUUACAGGCGGGGAGUGCGAGAGCGAAUCGCCUCUUCUUCUUCCCUCUUCGGACUCUUUGAAGAAGAUCGAUGUGCCGUCGGCGUCCGGAGCGAAUUCUGACCUAUCCGCUUCAUCCACCUCUGUGAAUGGAAACAAUUACUAUGUAUUCUUGAGCUUUAGAGGGCCUGAUACUCGCAAAGGCUUCGUCGAUCACCUCUACCAAAGACUCAAAGCUGUGGGCCUGAGGUGCCAUCCAAACUUCGUGUUCAGAGAUGAUGAGGACCUCCCCUUUGGCGAGAAAAUUGGUGAAAAUCUCAUCAGUGCAAUCGAGCACUCUAAGGUUUCAAUCCCAGUCAUCUCGGAAAAUUAUGCUGCUAGCGAAUGGUGCCUCCGUGAGCUCAUUCAGAUAAUGGAGUGCGAGGAAAGAGGAGAGCAAAAAGUCUUGCCCGUGCUUUACAAGGUGAAACCCUAUGAGGUGCGAGAACUAAAGGGGGCCUUUGGAGAGGCCUUCGAAUCCCAAAAGGAUCGUUUUGAGGAGGAUGUCAAGCAACAGGGGCUGCUAGCUCUCAAAAAAGCAGUUGAUCUUAGAGUAUUUGAAUCAGAGAAAUUUGCUGAUGGGCGUGAAGGGGAAUUGGUAAAUGAACUCGUAGAAAUAAUAUUGCGUGAGCAGCAACAUGAUUUUCAACCACAUCUUCCUGUAAACUUGGUUGCAAUCGAGGAUCAUGUGGCUGAGGUUAUGGCAUUGGUGGAUCUUGCUUGCCCGGCCACUCGAAUUAUUGGGAUUUGGGGGAUGGGCGGCAUCGGUAAGACAACUCUGGCUACGAUCAUCUAUAAAAAGCUUUUUGACAAUUUUGAAUGCCGCAGCUAUCUCAAGGAUAUUAGAGAAACAAUUAAUCACGAGGGUAUCAAGCAUGUCCAAUCUUUACUGCUCUCAGAUAUAAGGAAAUGUCAUAAAAGUACAGUGCGUGAUCCCGAGAUGGGGAUUAAUAUGAUCCGCUUAAGUUGUGAAGAAAAGAAGGUUCUUAUUCUUCUUGACGAUGUGGAUCAUCCAAACCACCUCGAUAAUUUGAUUGGGGGUUGUAAAUUCUCGUUAGGAAGUUGGAUCAUUUUCACAUCUCGACAUAAGGCCAUUAAUUGUCAAGAUGGGGCCCUGUUGAAGUCUACAUAGUGGUAUGAACUCCAAAAAAUGGAUUUUGAAAACUCUUUGCUUCUGUUUAGCAUACAUGCCUUUGAAAAGAAACCACCUCCAAAACAACUAGCGACCGUUUCUCGUGAUAUUGUCGCCAUCAUAGGAGGGCUUCCCUUAGCUCUCACGGUUAUAGGUUCAUGCCUCAAAGGAGAAGAAGAUCAAAGAAUAUGGGGAGAGAUGCUAGAGAAAUUGAGGGACGUGCCUGAUGAGAAGGUACAACAACAAUUGAGGAUAAGCUAUGAUUUAUUAGAAGGUGAUGGUAAAAAAAUGUUUCUAGACAUAGCAUGUUUUUUCAUCGGAAUUGACGAAAGAAUUGCCCCCUACCUAUGGGAUCACAAAUUAUGUCCAAGAACCGGAUUGAAAAAGCUGAUUGACCGCUCGUUAAUAUAUGUUGAUCAUAACAAAGAGUUGCUGAUGCAUGAUGAAUUAAGAGAUUUAGGCAGAGCUAUCGCCCGUCCAGCAGAUAAGAAGCCUUGGGAUUGUAGCAGACUAUGGAAGGAGGAAGACAUGACAGUUCUAAGCCGCAAGGAGGAAAAUGAAAAUAUUGAGGCAAUAUGUUUGGACAAAAGGG